CCUGUAUCUCGGGGGCUGUUUAAAAAAGGAAGAUGUUUACUGUUCUUUCCCGUCAGCCCUGCGAACAAUCAGUUGGCGUUCCAGUAUCAUGGAAAUCCCAAGCUCUGCCACAACCAGGCUUCAAGGCCCUGUCCCGGACCCCCGCUGUGGUCGCGUUGGUGGUUUUGCUCGUAAGCGUGGCUGUGCUGAUGGCCAUAACGCUCAUUCAGAUCAACCAGAAAGAGGUCCUGGGCCCAGGCCUGAAGUACGGCAUAGUGCUUGAUGCCGGAUCGUCGAGGACCACUGUCUACGUGUACCAGUGGCCGGCGGAGAAAGAAAACAACACAGGCGUGGUUAAUCAGACCUACAGGUGCAGUGUGAAAGGCUCUGGGAUCUCCAGUUAUGGAAAUAACCCCCAAGCUGUUCCCAAAACUUUUGAGGACUGCAUGCAAAGAGUAAAGGAGAAGAUUCCAGCUGAUCUACACAAAAGCACACUGGCUCAUUUGGGAGCUACAGCAGGAAUGAGGCUGCUAAGGUUGCAAAACGAAUCCGCAGCUCGAGAAGUCCUUGCAAGCAUUCAGACCUACUUCGAAUCUCAGCCCUUUGAUUUUAGGGGUGCUGAAAUCAUUUCUGGGCAAGAGGAAGGGGUGUAUGGAUGGAUUACAGCCAACUAUUUAAUGGGCAAUUUCUUGGAGAAGAAUGUAUGGAACACGAGGAGCCCCCCUCAUGGGGGGGAGACUACAGGGGCAUUGGACCUCGGCGGGGCCUCUGCCCAGAUAUCAUUCGUCCCCGAAGAGGAGGCUGGACACAGCGCCAACAGCACUGUGCAGGUGUCCCUCUACGGCUACACCUACACUCUCUACACCCACAGCUUCCAAUGCUAUGGCCGAGACGAAGCUGAGAAGCGCUUUCUUGCAAGGCUCUUCCAGAAUUCAACACACAAAGGCAAGCUGGUCAACCCCUGCUAUCCUCGGGAUUAUGUAACCACUUUAACAAUGGAACACAUAUUUGGAAGUCUGUGUACAGAAGAGUUAAGGCCAGCCAGCUACGACCCAGGAUACAAAAUUGCCCUGGAAGGGACUGGGGACCCCACUUUGUGCAGAGAAAAGGUCUAUUCCCUGUUCGACUUUCAAGUUUGUCACGACCGGGAAGACUGUUCGUUUGAUGGGGUCUAUCAGCCAAAGGUUAAAGGGACGUUUGUGGCUUUUUCUGGAUUCUACUAUACCGCCAACGCUUUGAACCUCACGGGGAGCUCUCCUUUGGACGCCUUUAACUCAAGCACGUGGGAUUUCUGUUUGCAGAGCUGGAGUCAGCUGCGUCUGGUGCCCAAGUUUGAUGAGGUAUAUGCCCGGUCCUACUGCUUCUCCGCUCACUAUAUCUAUCAUCUGCUAAUAAAUGGCUAUAAAUUUACAAGACAGACUUGGCCUAACAUACAUUUUAAAAAAGAAGUGGAGAAUAGCAGCAUUGCCUGGUCUCUGGGCUACAUGCUGAACCUCACCAACAUGAUUCCGGCCGAGAGCCCCCUCACCCAGCUGCCCAUGAAGCCGCCGGUGUUCACGGGGAUGAUGGUCUUCUUUGCCGGGGUGGCCCUGCUCUGCCUGGUUUUCCUCAUCUACCUGUGCAUGGUGUCCAAGCCGUAGAUGAGCUCCCAGCGUGUCAUGGAUCCUGGCUUCGAUGCUGAGUGAGCCAGGGAGGAAAGCAUUCAAGAGCAGGCAAGGCAAAGCUCAGCAUGGAAAAACGAAGCAGGCAGCGGGGUCCAAGGAGGGUCCCCUCCCAGAGGGCUCUGAGCUGCGACCUUUUCUACCCGCCUGCAGUGAUGGUGGCAACCCACUCCUCCAACGACCCACUGAGAAGAGGAGCAAGCAGAGUUGGACGGCGGUCAGAAAACCUGGAUGGCAAUGGAUCUUGGUUCCACGGCUUAGAACCUGUAUGACCUUGGGAAAGUCCUCUUCCCCAAUCUGGUCUCAGUUACCUCACCUUGAAAAUAUGAGGAUUAGACUAGAUGACCUUGAAGGUCCCUUUGAGCUCCAAACAGACAAUCCUAUGAUUCUGCGAACAUUCACGGUCAGACCUCGCGGAAGUCCCCUGGGAUGAAGGGCCGCUAGCUUUAAAAUAAACACGAGCGUAGAAACCAUACCCCAGGGAUCAUCUUCCAUCUUGCCUCCCCAAGAAACAUACUCUAUGACUAAUGAAUUUGAAAGAAAGCAGCAUCCUUGCUGGCAGGACUGUGGAAGAGUGUACCAGGGGUAGAGCGGUAUUCUCAGAAAGCAUAGCGCGCCUGGCACGUAGGAGGCACUUAAUAAAUGCUUGCUAAAUUGGAUUGUUCUUUGUUGAAAACACGGCACUUUGCAAUGUUCGUUAGGACCUGUAAGACCUCUGAUCAGUCAAGCUGCUCCUUUGAUGUCCUUCUAAUUACCAGCUCUCAAUGGGCGCCUUCCUUUGAUCGAAUACCCCAUGACCGGGGAGGGCUUCCUGGCAAAACUUUGGGCCUGACGUCUGCUCUGCUGGUCCCCAGGAUGUCACUCUGCUUAUUGUCGCCUCAGUUAUCACUGCUUCAGUGGGACUCUGAAGGGGAAGCCUGCCCAUGACCCCUGCCCUAGCCAUAUAAAACAGAGGCUUACGCCUUCGCAGUGAGUUGUACAGUAAGUAGCCAGCUGUUGUAGAAAUGGUAUCACCCUGUGCAGCACUCUUCUGCCCACUUAGAAUACCCCAUGCCCUGAUUCCAGUCUCCUCACUAGUAUCGGAAUACACCCCCUCCUCCAUUCCAUCUCUCCCUCCAGUAGUUUUUACACCUGACACGUUAAUGUGGCAUAGAAUCAUCGGAUACCCAACCAUUCCUGGAGUUGGCCUUUUGCGUUGGGCUGUUUUCCAAUUAAUAGUUGU